CGGCUUGCAGCAGCACAAGGGCCGCAUCUCCUCCUCUCUACUUUGACAGCUGGCGGCAAAUGAUGGGAAGGUGGAAGGAAAGAAGAAAGGGCAGAUCAUCCACAACCUCUUUUCUCCUCUUUCUAUGCCUCAUCAUUUCACUUGUCAGCAGAGAUGUUGUUUGUGAAAUUAUGAGGACGUCCAACGUUAUCACUCAGCGGAGGCCAAAUGCAAGGCGGCCUCUGGACGCUUUCCUUCGGGGUGGUGGUCUGCGUGUGGGGGAGAACGCAUGGGCGGGCGGCCUCACUCAGCAAACAGAUGUGAAUAAGAACUCCUUUAACCUCCAUAGGUCGUUUCCCAUUGUCCUACCGGACCCGGGUCAUACUAAGCUGGCAUUGUCAGAGGAGGGGCUGGAUGUCAUAUCCCAGAUAGACUUGCCUGUUGCGGUCGUUGCAGUGAUUGGACCUUACAGGUCAGGGAAGAGUUUUUUGUUAAAUCAGUUGCUGAGCCUCUCGUGUGAUGAAGGGUUUGGAGUGGGGCACAAGCGAGACACGCAAACAAAGGGGAUUUGGGUUUGGGGUCAACCUAUCAUUGUUGACAUUGCGUCCCAGAAGACGGCUGUCUUGUUUCUGGACACAGAGGGUUUUGAAAGUGUUGGGAAGGCCAACGCCUACGAUGACAGGAUAUUUGCGCUCGCAGCGAUACUUAGCUCGGUGCUGAUAUAUAAUCUUCCAGAAACAGUGCGGGAAGCCGACAUACAGAAACUAUCAUUUGCAGUGGAGCUGGCCGAGGAGUUCUACGGCAGGGUAAAGGGGAGACAAAGCCGUUUCCAGCUUGGAAAAUUGCUUUGGCUCAUCCAGAGGGACUUCCUCGAGGGGAAGACGGUUCAGGAAAUGGUGGACCAGGCUCUGCUCCCUGUGCCCAACCUGUCGAACGACAGGGAGAUUGAACGUGUGAAUCAGAUUCGGCAGUCGCUUUCGCUUCUGGCAAAGAACAACACGGCGUUUGGCCUGCGGCAACCGCAUCUGAAGCGCACAAAACUUUGCGAAAUGACGGACUCAGACCUGGAUCCCCAGUAUGUGCAGCAGCGGGACGAGUUGAAGAAGCUUGUUCAGUCCAUCAUUUCGCCAAAGAUCGUCUCCGGGAACCAACUGAACGGAAAGGAGUUUGUGGCAUUGCUGAAACAGACGAUAGAAGCUCUCAACACUGGCGACAUCCCAACCGUUGGAUCCAUAAUGGAUGUCUUCAACAGAGAGAUUGUUGAUCGAUGCGCUGACAUGUACUCGAAGUGGAUGGAAGGCGUACGGUUGCCAGUUCUGGACAGCAGACUUGAGGAGGAGCACAACCGAGCUUUAGAAGUAGUGCGAAGGAAAUUUGAAGCGGAGAGGUUUGGGAGAAAAAGUGGGGAGCGUGCACAAUCAACCCUGGAUAGCACGAUCUCAACAAUCUAUUCGCAUAUCAGAGAGACAAAUUUGCAUAAGUCGUCUCGACAGUGUGAGCAGCUGUACAUGACGUGUGAGGAUGCGAUCGACUCCCUGCAGAACAUGCGACUACCAUCGACGGGAAAGUUCGAUGACGAGUUUGGCAAGUGCAACAGGACGUACCAAGAGCUAUGUUUUGGACCAUCAAUGAAGUUCUAUCAAGAUCGGCUGUUCAAGAUGUGGAGCAAAGAAAGGUCACAAUUCUUGAAAUCUUACAAUGAACGCCUUUUCAAUUGGAUCAUUGUGCUGUCUCUGGUGAUGGUUGUCACCUCUCGUUUUGUCCUUCGGUCUACCGUGUUGGAGAUGGUGUUCUGGUCGCUCUUUGUGUUUCUGGAAGCUUACACACGGAUCUUUAUGUCCGUUCAAGAGUUGUAUUAUAAUGCGGCGUGGCGAGCAUUUGUCACAGUCUGGGAGUUGAUUGUAUAUAAUGCAGCCCUUGAUUUGAACAGAUGGUUUGUGCCAUUGGUUUGGUUCGUCGUUGUACUCCUGGCAGCAUGCAAGUUUGUCAGGACGCGUCGACGACGGAUAGGGAUGGCUCUCCCAGCAGCGUCGUCUAUCCUGCGGGCCAAGCAGAGUUUUAGAUCUCCAAGACUUGAAGUGAGCAAGAGAAAAUAGUGAGGGAGAUAACUGAACUUGACGAAACUACCGUGGGUCAGGUUGAUUGACGGAACCUGAGACAUGUGGUUGUGGCCACAUCGCCUGGCCAUUACUUACGCUGGGAGGGGGUUGGGGAAGAAGCGUCCGGGAGACAUGUCUGUGCGGAACCGGAUACCUAGAAGUUUGGUUUGAGUUGAAUCGUCAACAGACUGGAAACCUGCAGUUGUUUGUUCGCGUGCAUGUGCCUGUGUGUGUUGCAUUUCUUUUUUUCCUUUCGUUGGCACUCUUUUCCAGUAAGCAUACCAGCGAGUUCUCAGCAUGCGAGAAAAGAUUUUGAAGCAGUAGGAGGAAUAACGGGGAAGGAGAGAGGUGGGGUCAGUUUGGCAUUGACUAAGGCGGAUGUCCAGAUCCUUAGUGUUCCUCUGCCGAGUAAAGACUUCGACACAUGUCUUUGAGUUACUGCAUGAAGCAGAGAGGCAAUUUGCUAAUGUGCGCGCACAUGCUGAAGAAUGAUUGACGGAUGGAAGGGCAGGAUGAACAAGGACUCAGGGGAAGGUCUGCAAAGUUUUGAAGAGCAGAUGUUUGGGUCUCUCUGAUGUUAGCAGAGCUAUUGAGCAUCACUUAACUGAGAUGUCCUGCAAGUUCAAGACAUGUCUUCCGGGCCAUUGCCAGCUCCGGCACCUACGGUCAAAAUGGCGAUUACCAAUGUGGAGUCCUGUGGAUGGUUGUGGUGUGGUUGGUAGUGAGAACUUGCAGAGCGGUGGUGGUUGUGGUUGUGGUGGAGGUGGAGGUGGUGGUGAUGAUGAUGAUGAUGAUGAUGGCUCGUUGAUAUUGAUGAUGACAGUUAUCCUACGUCAAGGAAUUCGUUAAAGCUUAAAAGAGUUGUUCAGCAGUUGUAGUUUUCUGUUUAGAUGUGUUCCCUUGUUAUUGCUGUCAUUUUGGAAGAUGGAGGGUUGGGGGAGGGGGAAGGAGAACCAUUGCCAUGCAUUAUUGGUGUUUUGGCACUGAUGGUGCAUCGAUUGAUUCAUGUUGAAACUGACACGACUGUGGACCUGCGCAGAAGUUGUCAUUAGUGAUUCUUACUUUACUAUUAUAUGACCGCACUCACCCCUUUUUUCCGAUAGGAGCCCUCUGUGGCGGAGGCGGCAAAUAAACAGCAUGUUAACAGUCUUGUCUGUGUUUGUGAGGAGCAUAGCACUCUACAUGCUGAAUUUAUCAGGCACUCAAGCCCUUUGUAGCGAACCGAUGAUGAUGAUGAGACUUUGUGUUAUGGGUUGUGUGUGUAUGGGAUGAGGUUUUGGGGGAGAUAGGAAAAAGGGGGGUUAUUUGAUGCUCAUGCAGGGGGUGAACGAACCACCAUUCCUCCCGUUCCUAUUGGUGACCGCUGUUUUUGAAGUGCACGCUCUGAAGGGCGUCUAAGGGUUUGGCUGGCUGGCUGGCUAUCCUGAGAUGGAUAUUCUCCCACCUCUCCAUGCUCAUGCACCAGUUGAUCAUGUGGUGCAUGACAUCGAAACAAGAGAGGAGCUGGCUAUUCCACAUAUGAGAUGUCCUGCUAGAAAGUAGGAAUCUCCUGGAAGAUAGAACGAGCUGAUUCUGCACGGUCUGAGCUUUCAGAUUGAGAGAGGGUAUGUUGACAUCCCAGCUCUCAUGAAGCGUGAAUUGAUACAAAAGGUUGUAUGCAAAAAGCCUGAAAAUAUGAACAUCUUAUGUAUCUGAUUGACUAGUGCUGCAGUCAGGACUUGACAUAGCUGCGGCUGAAAAAUGCGUCGACCCUGAUAAAGGUGUCCGGAUGUC